AUGGAGGGAGCAGUGGCGAGAGGCCGUGGUAGAGGUCGCGGGAGAAGGCCAACUAGAGGCAGAGGACAAGCACCUAGUCCAACUAGGGAUAGAGCGGUGACUCCUCCACCGAUUGAUGAGGUUGCGAUAGAGGGUGAUGAAGGGGACGAUGAGCAGAUUCAAGAGAAGGAAGUACCACCCCAGCCUACUCCAAAGAUGAUUAAUCAGGUUCUAACUUAUCUCAGUGGGUUAUCUGAUCAGGGCCAGGCACCCCAGCGUUUUCUACACCAGCACCUCAGGUUCAGGGAGUACAACAUGCAGUUGUUGUGGCUCCCCGCAUGGAUGCGUCCUUGGAAACAGACAUUCUUCAAGGCUACCGAAUCUGAAGAUGCUUAUGAUUUCCUGGUUGAUUGUCAUGAGCUGCUACAUAAGAUGGACAUAGUGGAGCGAUUCGGUGUUGAGUUUGUGACCUACCAGUUUCAAGGAGAUGCCAAAAUAUGGUGGAGGUCUCAUGUUGAGUGUCAACCAGAAAAGGCACCACCUAUGACUUGGGCAACAUUUUCUAGCUUCUUCAUGGAGAAGUAUAUACCCCGGACUUUGAGGGACAACAGGAGAGAUGAGUUCCUAAACAUAGAGCAAGGAAGGAUGUCUGUUGUAGCUUAUGAGGCCAAAUUUCGUGCAUUAUCCAGGUAUGCCACUCAGCUUUGCUUCAGUCCGCAAGAGCGGAUUCGCCGCUUUGAAGUGGUUGACUUUGUGAUAGAGGUAGAGGGGGUGAAACCAGAUGACUUCACUGAGGUUUUAACGUUUAAGAAGUUCCGUAAGGGAGGUGAGUUUAGUGGUUCUUACUCUAGAGGGCAGAGUUUAGGGGGUUAUCCACCCCGCCCUAUUAAGUCUUCAUUGCAGUCUUCUUCAUCUUCACAAAGACCUACACUCGACUCCAGGACUUGUUAUGGAUGUGGGGAGGCCGGACAUACGAGGAAAUAUUGUCCAAAGCAGAGUCAGGCACGGUACGAUCGGAGUUACAGAUCUCCAGCAGUUAGAGGUAGGGGUGGUCAUGGUAGAGGCCGUCAUUCUGGAGGACGUGGCGGACAAGGUAAUGGUGGUCACCAGUUUAGCCGCGGUGGCGGGCAGGUUGGAACUACUAGAGCGCAACCCGGCAGGGGCAAUGGACAGACAAGUAAUAAGGCCCAUUGUUAUGCUUUCCCUGGGAGGUUAGAGGCAGAGACAUCUGAUGUUGUUAUCAUAGGUACACUUCUAGUCUGUGAUUGCAUGGCUUCUGUAUUGUUUGACCCUGGAUCCACAUUUUCUUAUGUAUCUUCUUCGUUCUCUACUGGUCUUGAUUUGCAUUGUGAUUUGAUUGACAUGCCUAUUCGUGUCUCUACUCCUAUCAGUGAGUCUGUGAUAGUUGAGAAGGUGUAUAGGUCUUGCCUUAUGACUUAUGUGGGGAGCAACCCUUAUGUAGAUUUGAUUAUUAUAGAGAUGGUUGAUUUUGAUGUAAUUCUGGGUAUGACUUGGCUUUCUCCAAAUUUUGCUAUCUUAGAUUGUAAUGCUAAGACUGUGACCUUGGCCAAGCCUGGGACAGAUCCACUAGUGUGGGAGGGUGACUACUUUCCCGCCCCAGUUCGUAUUAUCCUUUUUCUUCAUGCUAAGAGGUUGGUGAGUAAGGGUGGUUUAGCUUUCUUGGAACAUCUCAGGGAUGAUACUUCCAAAGUGCCUUCAAUCGAGUCUGUUUCGAAAGUCCGUGAGUUUACAGAUGUUUUUCCUGCAGACCUGCCUGGUAUGCCACCAGAUAGAGAUAUUGAUUUUUGUAUUGACUUGGAGCCAGGGACUCACCCCAUUUCCAUUCCACCUUAUAGAAUGGCCCCAGCUGAGUUAAGGGAGUUAAAGGACCAACUUCAGGAGUUGUUAGAUUUGAGGUCCGGUUAUCAUCAAUUGAAAAUGCAGGCAACAGAUGUUCCAAAGACUGCUUUUCGAACCAGGUAUGAGCAUUAUAAAUUCAUAGUAAUGUCUUUCGGGCUUACGAAUGCCCCUGCUGCUUUCAUGAGUCGGAUGAACAGAAUUAUUAAGCCAUAUAUGGACCUCUUUGUUAUUGUAUUCAUUGAUGAUAUACUGAUAUACUCAAGAGCCUGGAAGGAACAUGAGAAGCAUUUGAGAAUUGUAUUGGGGUUGUUAAGGGAGAAAAGGCUUUAUGCCAAAUUCUCCAAGUGUGAGUUUUGGCUUGAUUCAAUGUCCUUCUUAGGGCACGUGGUUUCUAAGGAUGGAGUGAUGGUGGAUCCCACUAAGAUUGAAGCGGUGAAGAAUUGGGUAAGGCCUACUAAUGUUUCAGAGGUAAGAAGCUUUGUUGGUUUAGCUAGCUACUACCGCCAAUUUGUCAAGGGAUUCUCUUCCAUUUCUUCCCAGCUGACCAAUUUGACCAAGCAGAAUGUUCCAUUUGUAUGGUCAGAUGAGUGUGAGAAAAGCUUCCUGAAACUCAAGACCUUGUUGACUGCUGCACCGAUUCUCGCCUUGUCAGUGGAAGGUAAGAAUUUCAUUGUUUAUUGUGAUGCAUCUUAUUCUGGUUUGGGUGCAGUACUAAUGCAGGAGAGGAAUGUAAUUGCUUAUGCUUCAAGUUUACAAUAUGUGUUCACUCAGAAGGAUUUGAAUUUGAGGCAGAAGAGGUGGAUGGACUUAUUGAAAGACUACGAUAUUACUAUUCUAUAUCACCCGGGAAAAGCUAAUGUUGUGGAUGAUGUUCUAAGUAGAAAAGCAGGGAGCAUGGGGAGUUUGGCCAACUUACAGGUUUCUAGAUGCCCAUUGGCUAGAGAGGUUCAAACUCUGGCUAAUGACUUUAUGAGGCUGGAAGUACUCGAGAAAUGA